AUGGCAUCAGUAGAGAUUGUCGCCCCUAAUGGGCAGCGCUACCAGCAGCCCACCGGUCUGUUUAUCAACAACGAGUUUGUUCCGGCGACCGGCGGCCAAACCAUCACCUCCUUGGACCCCGCCACAGAUAAACCAAUUGCCACCGUCGAUGCUGCCAGCCCCGAGGAUGUCGAUCGCGCAGUGCAAGCCGCCAAAGCCGCCCUGGCCCAUCCAUCCUGGAAGCUCCUCCCCGCAACCGAGCGAGGCCAGCUGAUGGCUCGUCUCGCCGAUCUUCUCGAACAAAACAGGGAGCUCCUAGCUACAAUUGACGCAUGGGAUAACGGAAAACCCUACCAUGUCGCCUUUGAGGAAGAUCUUACUGAAGCCAUCACCACUAUCCGGUAUUAUAGCGGCUGGGCCGAUAAGACCUUUGGACAGACCAUCAACACUACCCCUCAGAAGUUCGCCUAUACCAUCCGUCAGCCGAUCGGAGUUGUUGCCCAGAUUAUUCCCUGGAAUUACCCUCUCUCCAUGGCAACCUGGAAGCUGGGACCUGCUCUGGCCUGCGGCAACACUGUUGUUCUGAAGCCUGCCGAGCAAACCCCUCUUAGCGCCCUCAUUCUUGGCAAGCUGAUCAAGGAAGCUGGCUUCCCCCCAGGUGUGAUCAACAUCGUCAAUGGCUACGGUCGGGAUGCAGGUGCUGCGCUGGCAUCUCACCCACUCGUCGAUAAGGUGGCCUUCACUGGAUCCACAGGCACUGCCCGGGAAAUUAUGAAGAUGGCAGCGGGUUCAUUAAAGAAUAUUACUCUUGAGACUGGAGGCAAGUCGCCAUUGCUGGUGUUCCCUGAUGCAGACAUGGACCAAGCAGUCAAGUGGUCGCACUUUGGUAUCAUGUCCAACCAGGGCCAAAUCUGCACUGCCACCUCGCGAAUCCUCGUGCACCGUGACAUUCUGCCCACCUUUCUGGAGAACUUCAAGAAGGCCGUGGAAGAGGUGAAGAUUGGCGAUCAGUGGGAUGCGAAUACCUUCCAAGGUCCUCAGGUCACUCGUGCACAAUAUGAGCGCAUUCUGUCUUAUUUCGAGAUUGCUAAGAAUGAGGGCGCCACUAUUGUGACUGGUGGUGCUCCUCAUACUCUGGCUGAUUCUAAGAACAAGGAUGGAUACUUCGUUCAGCCCACAGUCAUCACGGAUGUCACCGACUCCAUGCGCAUUGUUCAAGAGGAGGUGUUUGGACCUGUUGUUGUCAUCUUGCCUUUCGAUAGCGAGGAGGAGGCUAUCAAGCGUGCCAACAACAGUCAAUAUGGCCUGGGCGCCGCAGUAUUCACCACUGAUCUUGAGCGAGCCCAUCGCGUUGCUUCCGAGAUUGAGUCCGGUAUGGUUUGGAUCAACAGCAGCCAGGACUGUGAUCCCCGAGUUCCAUUCGGAGGUGUCAAGCAGAGUGGUAUUGGUCGUGAGCUUGGCGAGGCUGGUCUAGAAGCUUAUAGCCAGAUCAAGGCUGUUCAUGUGAACAUGGGCAAUAAGCUAUGA